AUGUCUUCUUCUCAAAGCACUACACAGCCCAUCUCCCAUGACAGCUAUGCUCCUGGACAUUCUGGUGCCCGACGAGACUCCACAGAUCCCGAAGUGAUCCACCACCUCUACUUCGAAGACAACGAUAGCUUCUUUCCACCAAGCUGGGUAGGGAAGGAGGGCGAACGACGUCCGUCAACUGACAGUGUAACGAGUCAAGAACCCAAAGCUGAACCCAACACUACAGCGAGCCCCGAGCAUGCCGGUUAA